CCGCGGUAACGUGAUUUGGGAGCUUCGCGGCCCGGGAUAUAAACCUUUUACCUCCUGUCGGACGCUGCGGGGGAAACUUAGGGACCAGUCUGGGUCGGCGACGGCUCCUCCUAGAUAACCCCGCCUCCUUCGCCUCAAGCAGGAAACUCAUCUCAGACCUUGGUGGUAACAGAUGCCUAGAUUAGACGGUCACUUCUGGAGUUGUUCCUGUGCUAACAGUGGGAGGCACACCAGACACCUGAAAGCCAGUGCUGGAGGGCUAGCAGCAAAAGUGGGAAAAAUGAUCAACUCAUCUGUUUCCAGCCCCUCUUUGCUGGUGGACCACAGUGGCCUAACCACGGACCCUUCUCGAAGGGGACGGAGCAUUGGUACAAGUGGCCACAGUAGUGGCAGCCACCACACUAACAGUUGGCAUUAUCACUUGGUGCAAAGGAGCCUUGUGCUUUUUUUAGUUGGGGUUGUCCUAGCCCUGGUGCUCAACCUGCUGCAGAUACAGAGGAACGUCACCCUUUUCCCGGAAGAAGUUAUUGCCACAAUCUUUUCCUCAGCCUGGUGGGUUCCUCCCUGUUGUGGGACAGCAGCUGCUGUUGUGGGCUUACUCUACCCCUGUAUUGACAGCCAUCUUGGAGAACCCCACAAGUUUAAGAGAGAGUGGGCCAGUGUAAUGCGUUGUAUCGCCGUUUUUGUUGGCAUCAACCAUGCAAGUGCUAAAUUGGAUUUUGCCAAUAAUGUUCAGCUGUCCUUGACUUUAGCAGCCCUGUCUUUGGGCCUCUGGUGGACAUUUGAUCGUUCAAGAAGUGGUCUUGGGCUUGGAAUUACCAUAGCGUUUCUAGCCACUCUGAUCACUCAGUUUCUCGUAUAUAAUGGUGUUUAUCAGUAUACAUCCCCAGAUUUUCUCUAUAUUCGUUCCUGGCUCCCAUGUAUAUUUUUCUCAGGAGGUGUAACAGUAGGAAACAUAGGACGACAACUGGCUAUGGGUGUUCCUGAAAAGCCACAUAGCGAUUGAGUCUUCAAACCCACCAAUUCAGAAGAAUAAGCAAGAUUUAGGAAGAAAAUCUGUGAUAUUGGAUUGCAACAAAGAUUACCUUUUUCCCAAAUAACCUAUUUAGAUUGGACUGACUGUACAAAUGUCUCCUGGGAAAGAAUAUUCACCUAUUUUAGAAUGGUGACAUGCAAAGAAUAACUACUUACCUUGAAAUCUUCCUUUGAUUGACUGCAUUUGUACCUGUCUGUGCUCUGGAAGUGUUUGAUCCCAAGCUGUGGAUAGGAGCUCAGGCAGGUGGCAGUUUCCCAAGUAUUAGAUUUCAUUUAUGUUAUUAAAAACAUGUUGCCAUAUUUCAAAGCCUUGAACUAAAACUUAAUUACCAAUUACUGAUUUUGUAUCAGUGCCCAAAGGAGAUAGGUUGAUGGUGCUUAACAAAGAUGAAGUGUGGUGUAAUAGGAAUAAUAUUUAUCCAAAAGAUAUCUUAAAAUAGGGUUGUGUUAAAAAAAAUUUUUUUUUAAAGCAAGCGUAGGGAGGUUCUCCAUGCCAGAUCAUAGCAUUGCCGUGCUUUAGGAACCACACUCUCAUUUAAUCCUGCAGUAGCACACUCAGUGACACACUUUGUGUAUAUCACCGGUAUGUAAACUAUGCUUUUUGCUCUACCCAUGGAAUUCUGUGUAGACAAUCUUACUGAAAGCAAAAAGCAAUGAAAAGUCAUAGUUCAAUGCUGUGAUAUUGAAGUUUUCACCUCAGUUAAUGAAGUCUUACCCAGAAUCUGUAAUCACCUAAGAAUGAAUACAUCUCUGCCAUGUAGUUCAAUCUUAGUUAUCCAAAAUUAUUUGUUUCUUUGGUACUCCAGAAUAGAGAUUACUAUUUUUUUUUCCACAGCCCUAUAGAAUUUGCAAUCUGUGAUUGCCUUGUAAAAAGAAAAGUGCAUAUGUCACUACAUUAACCAUUUGGUGUUUCUAAAUAUUCAAUGAUAUCGGUGAGCACAAUGUAUUCAUUUAAUGGCAUAGACCAUAUUAGACCUAAUUUGCAAGUAUUGGGUCUUAAACUUCAAGUGCAAUGUACAUGAAAACCAAUCUGAGCCUUGUAUUCUCUGAAAUAUUUAUUUUUUUUUUAAUGUUUGAGAUGUUAAAGAGAGGGGUUCUACAUUCAUUUCAGUGCUGCAUGGAGGCAAAAUUCAGCAAUAAUUUCUUUCAGUUGUAAAGUUACUUUAUUGUACCUUCCACUGAACCGUAGUCCUUUGAAGUACUCCAAUUUUUGUGGUUUUAGUAUAUUUGUAAUUUUUAAUUACUAAUUUACCUUUUUGUGUUAGGCAAUUUUAAUGUUUUUGGUUUGUUUUAAAAUUCUGUUAAUUUAGACUUGAUUAAAAGGCUUUCCUUUUAAAUAGAAGUCCGCAGUCAGCAGAAUGGAAAUUUAGACUGACUUACCAGUGAGUGUUGAUGUAGGAAUUUGGUUUUGUUUAUGUGUGGUGAUCCUUGAUGAGGGUGUUUUGUUUUGUUUUUGAGGGAAAUAUCCCGGAGUAAAUUUUAGGUUACUGUAGCAGAUUUGUUAUAGAGGGAAGAUGGAAUCGUUCUGAACUUUGGAAUGAUCCCUUAUACGUUUUUUAAAAUUGAAAAUGAAUGAUUAGUUAUAUGAAAAAAUUUUUCAAUAAAGAUAUCAGCAUUUUAUGAAAAACCAGAAGUUAUUAGAUGAAAGCAGUAAUUGAGUCUUUGAACUAUACCUGAUCAUGCAUAAAUAAUUAAGUAUUUUUUCCUCUUAAACUGGAAGUAAAUCUAUAUCUGUUAGAAAUAAUGUAGCCAAAAAAUGUGAAUCUGAAAAAAUUUUUUGCCAAUACUUUAUAGCAAGUAUAUGAACCAAAGUGAUUUGAGCUUGUAAAAAUGUAAAAUAGUAUGAACAAAAUUUGCACUGUACCAGAUUUGAACAUCUAGUGAGAUUUACUUUCAUACUGUUUUCAAUGUUGUAUUCUUUUUGCAUUCAUUUUUUUUACUUUUAUUAAAGGUUAAAAGGCAACAGUUGUAUUUAUGGAUUUUCUUUAGCUAAAAACAGGGCUAUCUCUGUAUAGGAUGUUAGAUUUGGAAUGGAAAAGUAUUUUAUACCUCUUCAAAUUUUAUUGAAUCUUAGCAGUAUUUGAGUAUAUAUUUUUUGUUUUGGUAUAGUGGAAAGUUAAAUGUAAUAGAAGCUAAAUUUAACUUCCCACUUUUUCUCCGACCUCUCUUCCGAUAUGUUGAAGGAGAGGCAUCUGCUUAGGCCUAGAUCUGUCCUCUUUCAGGAGUGCUAUCCUAUGUCUUUGGGUGAGAGGCUCUUUUCUUCUCCGUUCUAGGAUAUAUCUCUGGUAGCCCCUGGGUUCAAAGUGAAUAGAGCAAGAAAAGACGUGGAGUAUUGUGUAAUGUAUAACAACCACAGUGUUAGUUAAGUAGCAUUUAUGGCUGAAAUGGCAUUUUUCUCAGUUCUUACUUGGAUUAGAAGUAGCCUCAUGUGACUAUAAAAAGGUAUAAUUUAUAACAUCUAGUGUAUAUUUUUAUCUUUAUAUGGCCAUACUACAGUAUUUGUUGAUUGCCUGUUUUAUGAUAGGCUCAGUGCUGGGUUCUGCAGUUAAGACAUAAACUAGCUCGUCAUAACUUCUCACCUUCAAGGGCCUUUGAUUCUAACCGGAGAAAUAGACAGAAAAGUAAAUGGAUCCCAAGCUGAGAUAAUUAGUAUGGUGAAGGGAACAAAGCAUGAGAAAGGGAAGGUUGUGAUAUUUUAAAUAAUUCUUUAUAAAGAAGUAACUACUAAGCAAAUAGCCAAAAGCAGUCAGCAAGAGUUGGAGCAGUGGUCACACCCUAGGAAGUUAAAUAAUUUUCUCGGUAUGACUUGACCCCAAGUAACUAGAGGUCUAACGGCAUCUUAAAAAUGCCUGGGGCUCUACUGUCAAAAAGGAGCUCCAGGAAGCAUUUUGGAAUGCACCUAUCAUUGAAGGGUUUCUAACUUUGCCCCUGGUGUGAUAUUGAUAGGGAAGCUCAUGGGGGAAGAAAAAAAAAAGAUGUUUGAGAGGGAAAACAAGUGUAUAAUUUCAGCUAGAAGAGCAAUGGUUUGACCCCUUUUUAUAGAUGACGUCUGAUGAAUUUCGGUUGAUGUACCGUGAUGCUAACACCCAGCACCCUGUUUUCGUGCAGGAUGAGCAGAUGAGCUGGUCAAUAGCAGGGUUACCUCUCUUGGAGCAAAGCAGCAUCUUGGAGGUUUCACUCAUUGUUUCAGUAGAUUUGCUCUCAAAGGCACAUUACCUCAAAUGAGAUGCAGCUCUGUUGUAAAUGUUUGCCAAAGACCAGCCAUGUAUCUUUUCAAAUAAAUACACAGAAAUGAAAAGAGGCCUUGGGGCUCCCAAAACAUUAA